AUGGGCGUCCCCACCACUGCUGCCGCUGCCCCCGCCUCCGUUCUCUCCGCUCCAGUGGCGAUAGACCUCUAUGCGCGCUGGACGGACAGCGCGCCAGUUAGUGCGCACGAGGCUCCCAACCAUUACCUAUAUGACCUCCGCCUCGCGCCCGCCGUGCCACUCGAUGUGGGGUCCCUCGUUCGAAUCGUCGCGCUCUGGCCGCUCGCGUACGAGAACACCCCUCCCUGUCCAGAUCUGUCAGAAAAUGAAGAUACAGACGCAGCGGACUCGGGCUCGGACUCGGGCUCGGAUUUGGGCUUGGGCUCGGACGACGACAACACCGACGACGACACCGACGAAGACCUUCCAACGACCGCGCCACCCCCCUCCUCGACUCCCGCCCCCCUCCCGCGCUUCCUCCCCACCGGCGCGCGCGACCCCACGACCCCCGCGCCCCCCUCCGCCUCCGCCUCCCACUGGUCCGCCCGCCCCUCCUCCCUCCUCCCGCUCGCCGCGCUCCCGCCCCGCCCCGCGCACCGCGCGUACUCCUGCACCGACACCGACCUCCUCGGCGCCGUCGAGUCCGUCGCGCUCGCGCCCGGCCCCGCCGCCGUGCCCGGCGCGCCGAACGGCCCCGGCGCGCGCGUCGUCGAGUUCCUCGUGCGCGCGUCGCCCGCCGCGGGCGGGCCCGUGCGCUUCGCGACCGUCGCCGCGCCGUGCCUCCCGGGCGUGACGGUGAGCGCGGGGGCGCUCGCGCGCGCGAAAGUGGCGGGCUCGACGGCGGGGCCGCCGCGUGAGGCCUUCUUGGAGCCCGGCGCGGAGGUCGACUGGCCGCGGUGA